AGAUGUUUGUCUGUUUCAGGUUGGUGAGCAGUCAUGACCAAAUCAUAUCAGUUCAACUGGCAGAAACAUGUUCCUGCUUUCCUGCAGGAAGGGGCCGUGUUUGACAGAUUCGAUGAGGAUCCCUUUGUAUUUGAGCCGAGCUGCACUUUCAGAGUCGAUGAGUACGGCUUCUUUCUCACAUGGAAGAGUGAUGGAAAGGAAGGACAAGUUCUGGAAUCUUCUCUGAUCAACAGCAUCCGUCCUGGAGUUGCACUGAAGGACUCAAAGAUUCUGGCAUCUCUGGAGGCCGCAGGGAAGAACGAGGGGGAUCUCGACGGUCGCAUCAUCUGCGUGUGCAGCGGACCGGACCUGGUCAACCUCAGCUUCAUGUACAUGCUGACGGAUAGCCCGGAUACUGCCAAGAAAUGGAUGGAAGGCUUAAAAUCAGUCAUUCACAACUUCAAGGCGAAUAAUGUUUGUCCAAUGACCUGUCUGAAGAAACAUUGGAUGAAACUGUCCUUCUUAACAAACGUCAAUGGAAAAAUCCCCGUCCGAGGAAUCACAAGGACAUUCGGCUCAGGGAAAACUGAGAAAGGAAUAUUUCAGGCUCUCAAGGAGCUCGGCUUGCCCAGUGGAAAGAAUGAUGAAAUUGAGCAUUCAGUCUUCACGUUUGAUGUCUUCUACACCCUCACUCAGAAAAUCUGCCCUCGCACGGACAUCGAGGAGCUUUUCAAGAAGAUCAAUGGAGACAAAAGUGAUUAUUUAACCGUAGAGCAGUUAGUCAGCUUUCUAAAUGAAAACCAGCGAGAUCCUCGACUCAAUGAGAUCCUCUUUCCAUUCUACGACCCCAAACGAGUCAUGCAGAUCAUUGAGACGUACGAGAGAGAUGGAGACUUUAAAAAGAAAGGUCGCAUGUCUUGUGAUGGGUUCUGUCGGUACCUGAUGUCCGAUGAGAACGCUCCCGUGUUCCUGGAUCGUCUGGAUCUGUGUCAGGAGAUGGAUCAUCCUUUGGCUCAUUAUUUCAUCAGCUCCUCACACAACACUUACCUGAAUGGCCGGCAGUUCGGUGGCAAAUCUUCUGUUGAGAUGUACCGACAGGUGUUGCUGUCUGGCUGCAGGUGCGUUGAGUUGGACUGCUGGGAUGGUAAAGGUGAAGACCAGGAACCAAUCAUAACUCACGGAAAGGCCAUGUGCACUGAUAUCCUGUUUAAGGAUGUAAUUCAAGCCAUAAAAGAAACAGCAUUUGUAACAUCUCAAUAUCCUGUAAUUCUCUCCUUUGAAAACCACUGCAGUAAAACGCAGCAGUAUAAGAUGGCGAAAUAUUGUGAAGAAAUCUUUGGAGACCUGUUACUCAGACAACCACUGGAGGGUUUCCCAGUACGUGAUCUUCUAUUCCCUCGCACACAAAUCCAGCCGAGACCUGCUUUAGCUUCCACGGAAAAUGUGACCCAAAGUGCCAAUCUAGAAGCUGGACAGCCUUUACCGUCCCCGAACGACCUCAAGCACAAAAUCCUCAUCAAAAACAAGCGCUUAAAACCCGAAGUGGAGCAAAAGCAGCUGGAAUCAUUUAAGAAGCACAUGGAAGCUGGAGAGAUGAGCAUACAGGCUGGAGAAGAUGACAAUGACGAAGACCUAGAAAGCGUGGUGGACUCCGAGUUGAAGACUAGUAACAAUCUGUUGAUCUCAGUAGAUCCUAGUGAGCAGAACACACACGACAGUCUCAAGAAGAAGAUUCAAGAAGAUGAUAUGACAGAGAUUUCAGAAGUUACAGACGCAACUGAUGUUUCUGAAGUGUCUGAUCUUGAUAACAAAAAGAAGGGUGGAGAAUCAGCAGAAGACACAGAUGCAGAACAGCAGCUGAUCGCCUCCUACAAGUAUGAAGGAGCUACGACCAACAUCCAUCCGCACCUGUCUGCCAUGGUGAACUAUGCCCAGCCUGUGAAGUUCCAGGGAUUUGAGGUGGCAGAGGAGAGAAACAUUCAUCACAAUAUGUCCUCGUUCAAUGAGUCUGUUGGGUUAGGCUAUCUGAAGACAAACGCCAUUGAGUUUGUGAACUACAACAAGCGACAGAUGAGCCGGAUUUACCCCAAAGGAGGCCGUGUGGACUCCAGCAAUUACAUGCCUCAGAUCUUCUGGAAUGCCGGCUGCCAGAUGGUUUCUCUGAACUAUCAGACUCCAGAUCUGGGCAUGCAGCUGAAUCAAGGGAAGUUUGAGUACAACGGUUCGUGCGGGUUUCUAUUGAAACCGGAUUUUAUGCGGCGUGCCGACCGAAUGUUUGACCCUUUCUCUGAAACGCCAGUGGAUGGGGUCAUAGCAGCGACCUGUAGCGUACAGGUGUUCUCAGGCCAGUUCUUAUCGGAUAAAAAGAUCGGCACGUACGUGGAAGUGGACAUGUACGGCUUGCCCACAGACACCAUCAGAAAAGAGUUCAAGACGCGUAUGGUGAUGAACAACGGCCUGAAUCCCUAUUACAACGAAGAGCCCUUCGUCUUUAGAAAGGUGAUCUUACCUGACCUGGCCGUGUUGAGGAUCGCCGUAUACGAUGACAAUAAUAAGCUGAUCGGUCAAAGGAUUCUGCCGCUGGAUGGUCUUCAGGCGGGAUAUCGACACAUUUCUCUGAGAAAUGAAGGAAAUAAGCCACUUUCUCUUCCCACUGUUUUCUGCAACAUCGUAUUGAAGACUUACGUACCCGACGGCUUCGGUGCUAUCGUUGACGCCCUUUCCGAUCCAAAGAAGUUCCUCACCAUUGCUGAGAAGCGAGCCGAUCAGAUGCGAGCUCUUGGCAUUGAAACGAGCGAUAUAGCAGAUGUUCCCAACGAAAGCAUCAAGUCCAAUAAGAAGGUCAAAACCAACGUCACACCUCAGACGAGCUCAGAGAUGAACGCCGCUCAGAACAACAUCACAGAGACCAAACGCGAUCAUUCUGCGGUUGAUAAUCAUGUGAACAUUGAAGAUUUGAAGCAGAUGAAGAGCUUCAUUAAACUCAUGAAGAAGCAACAGAAGGAGCUGAACACAUUAAAGAAACGUCACACUAAGGAACACAACGCCAUGCAGAAAUCUCACUGUACUCAAGUGGAUAAACUGGUGGCACAGCAUGAUAAAGAGAAAUUUACCCUGGAGAAACUUCUGGAGAAAGCCAUCAAAAAGAGAGGAGAAAACAACUGCUCAGAGUUAAAGAAGGAGACGGCAGUAAAGGUGGAGACGCUUACUACAGACCAUAAAGAAAAGGUGAAAGUGAUUGUGGCCCAGCACACUAAAGAGUGGUCAGAGAUGAUCAACGCUCACAGUACAGAGGAACAGGAAAUGAAAGACGGUCAUGUGACGCAGCAGUGUGAGCUCUUGAAGAAGCUGCUGGUCGGCGUUCAUGAGCAACAAACGCAGCAACUAAAACUCAUUCAUGAAAGGCAAAGCAAAGAGAUGAAGGCAAACCAGGCCAAGACGUCCAUGGAGAACAGCAAAGCCAUCAGUCAGGACAAGAGCAUCAAAAACAAGGCGGAGCGCGAGAGGAGGGUUCGAGAGUUAAACAGCAGUAAUACCAAAAAGUUUCUGGAAGAGAGAAAAAGGUUGGCCAUGAAACAGGCGAAAGAAUUAGAGCAACAACAGAAGACUCAGAGAGAUCAGCUGGAGAAACUGGAGAAAUUCAAUGAGCAGCUUUUGAAAUCGCAUCAUGCCAACAGUCAGACUGAAGGCCAGAGACAUGCAGAAGAUGCUGAAGCUGGAGGAGGAGAUGGACCGCAGACCAGCCACGGUGGUGUAAACCCUCCCAACGUCAACUGAGAUCUCCUCACGGAUCUCGUCCCCGGUCUGCUGUUACGCCCGAAAUCUGCUUUUGUGUGUCCCUUUCACCACCUCUGCAGUCCUGUGACCCCGCCCCUUUCACCCUACCUCAGCUCUAACUACACCCCUCCACGCUACUGCAGCUCUGUCCGGCCAAUCCUCACGUUCCAGGUCGGACCGUAGCUCCACCCACUCAGCUAUAAAGUGCUUUCUCCGGGUUUGACUGCCGCAUCACGCGGCCCCGUUCUCCCGUGAAGACGUCCCCGGUGGGAUGGAAGUUCACAUGCGUGUUUUUGGAACCCAUCAUCAUCAUCAUCGGUUCUCCUGACUGAGCUUGUAACAGUAGCAGCAAAUGGACCAACCCGAUUAAAAGAAGUUUUAGUUUGUUUCGUGUCAGCACAGUGAAUGAAAUGCUACUCCCGAGUUGACUUCAGAGUACUUUAUAUGUGAUAAGAUAUGUAGCAGAGCACUACAGUAGCGUCUUUCUCUCUCUCUCUCUGUACAGUAAGAAUGUAGAACGCCCCACACUGUACAGAAACCAGAUUACAGAUGAAUCCUCUUUUACUGCUGUUUUAUCAUCAUCAUCAUCAGUCCAUUUAUGUUUUUAAGAUAAGCCCAGGAUGCACAGGCAGUUUUAUUCACGUUUGGUUUGCUUUUAAAGGUUUUUAAGUUUGCCGUCAGCGACUGCAGGCUUCAGUUAAUUUCAGGUUUUGAGAAUGUUGUCUAUUGGACCUGUUUGAAGACUGAACGGCCAGUUUAAGCUCAGGUCUAAUACUGUACACGAGAGAACGUUGUCAUCGCAUUCGCUGAACAACACAAACCAUUUAUGCAUUGACACUGAACUUGAUUUCAUUUGAAGGAGUUGCAUAUAAGAGUAAAUAUUUGUUUUAGAAAGAGUUUGUUGUAUAUUGGGCUUGUAUGAGGUUAUCCUGAAGGUUUUGGGAUGAAUGUAAACCUGCUUUUAUUGGUUGUUUUGCGUUUAUCUGUUGAUUUUCUUUAUGUCCAUGUUUAGAAGUGACCCACAUAUCUAGUGCUUUAAAACGUAUAUACCAUCGCUUACAAAUGUGCCACUCUAUGUCAGGUAAGACGUUUAAAUGAUUUUACAUGCUGAUAAAUGCCAAAAUAAGGGGUUAUUUAUAUAAAGAAACAUAUAUAAAUAUAUAUAUUAUUAAAUCUAGUAAGUAGUUUUAGUCUACAUUUGGUUUCUUAGAAGCUUUUUUGCACUAGCUGAAUGUUUUCUGUUGCUCUGUCAUCCGAUUCUGUUGGUUCGUCUCUGUGGACCGCUGUCAAUGCUUUUGUAUUUCUAUUGUAUUUGUCAAACUUCUAGCAAUCAGAAUACUCAAAAGAAAACAAGUUGUUAUUCAGCUACUUUAAUACUGUUUUAUAGUAAGUGUACCAAUAAACUAUCCCAGGUGUUAAAUGAUGAA